CCCCCAUCGCCGGCCCCCUUCCUUCCAAGUACCGGCAGCAGAAGUUCCUCCGCACACUCGCACACAAGCAGCAGAAGACUUAGGCGGCGCAGCAGCAGGCGGCCGCCGCCGCGGCCGAGAGCAAGAAGGACGUGUUUGAGGCGGAGGAUGAGGGAGAGGGAGAGGAGAUGGCGCUGGCGGCAGCAAGUGUUGGUGGAAGGGGUGGUCCACCGAGUCACCCCAGUGGUCGAGUACCGAAGCCAACUCUCACAAGAAGGUACGUCAGUCACCUGGACACCCCCACACUCUCGACAACACUUGACAUCGCUAAACGUUCCGUCGUCCCCUUCAGAGUUGUCUGAGUGGUUGCCCUCUGUGUCGCCCCUCUCGCCCCGCACACGCGCCACCGUCGGCGAGAAGGCCGGGGACAUCACCGGCCGCAUCACCGCCGACCUGCGCGGCCCCAGCAGGAGUGAUGAGUGCGGCUUCGUCGUGCUCAAGCAGGCCCUGCAGGCCUUCAGGCCCAUGGAGACGGUCGGCAUCGGCCGCACCCUGGACGGCAAUCGGAUCGAGGUGGCGGGGGUGAGGGUGGGCGCCAUGCUCGAGAGACGCACUUCACGAGCCGUGGAAGGCAAUGCAGGAGGCACUCACUCAUCGCAUAAGGUGGAUGGGAGAGAGAGCGAACCCCCACCUCAACCAUGACGGUCAUCUGUUUGUUGAUGUGGUGCCAUCUUGUGUGUCUGCAGCAGCGAGGGCUCUUAAGGAGCCUGUGCCGAUGCAGAUAGACCAGCGUGGCCCGCAAGUCACCACCCAAGCCCCGCAGGCGCCGCAUAGAGCGGCAUAAGGACGACGCCCGCCGCUUGCCAGCUUGAUUCCUGGACGACGAAGCAGAGGGCAAAAGUCGCCGGCGAUCCUCUCGACCAAAGCGACCCCGCAAAGGUGUGAAAGCGGUGUCACUGGAGGGAGGUGUAUCGAUUCGAUGGCUGCACCAUCUCUGUGUGUGUCUUGGGCUGGGUAUUGCUGUGUCAGAUCCCUCCACGUCACGUGUGAUGAUAAGGACGCAAAGGAGCAGGAGGGCGAGGGCAGUGGGGGUGAGGGGAUGCAAUGCAGCUGCGGUCGCGGGAGGGAGAAGAAGCGGUUAAGUGUGCCGGAGAUGCUCCACCAACCAGCUGCCCGCACCAAGUGAGAGGACACACACCGAUAUCCAUACCCAUCCGCGCAGCGCAUUCGUCAAGACGUCAGUCAACCUCUCUGCAUGUGUGUCACAGGCAAAACAAGAGCCGCCCCUCUCGCAAGCCCGCUCCACCACAGUCCUGA